AUGGCCCGACGAGUGCGAGAUGAGCUUUCAGAAGCUCAAGACUACAUUGGCUACAACCCUCGUGUUGGAGUGAUUGGAUGGGAUCCCGAGAGCCUCGGGGGUGUUUCGGGUGUUAUUGGAUCAUUUUGGGCUACUUUAGAUGCUGGUUUGCUCAUGUCUAGUGUUGUUCUUCGUAUUCGCGAGGAGCCUCUCGCGUUCGCGAAGAAGUCCUCAUUGUUGGAGCGUAUCAUGGCUCACCAGUUUGAUGAUCCUCACUUGUUGGUGUUGAAGGACACGGUGCAGCGGGGUGGUGCUAAGGAGGUUGCAGUUGGUGAUGAUGAUGUUAUGCGGCUUCAAGGCCAGAUUUGUGUUCGUAAUAUUGAUGGAUUGAGAGAGUUGAUCCUCGAGGAGGCUCAUAGUUCGCGCUAUUCCAUUCACCCAGGUGACACGAAGAUGUACAGUGACUUGAAACAACACAAUUGGCGGCAGUGA